AUGAAGCGCGGGCGAGUGACGACUCGUGGCUCGACGCGUCGUGCCUUACGACGGAAGAACAUCGUGCUGGAUGAAGAGGACGAAGAGGAAGAAGAAGAGGAAGAAGAAGAAGAAGAGGAGGAGGAGGAGGAGACGCCGGUGCCAAAGCUGACGCGAGCGCAGGCCAAGAAACAGGAGGAAGAGGCCAAGAAGAAAAAGGAGAAGGAGAAAGAGGAGAUGGAAGAAGACGAGGAGGAAGAAGACGAGGAGGAGGAGGAGGAAGAGGAGGAAGAGGAGUGUGUGGGCAGACGCAGGAUGGUUCGUGGACGCCAAAGGAAGGAGUCGGGGGUGAGAGGGUUGAAAGAUCCUCCUAGAAAAAAACAGAAACGAAAGAUUGUAGACUCGGAAGAAGAGGGGGAAGAAGGAGCGGAGGUGGAGGAGGAGGAGGAGGAGGAGGAGAAGGGAGAGCAGCAGGAUAGGGACGAGGUUGAAGAUGAAGAAGGAGAAGAAGAAGCAAAAAGAGAUAGUGAAGAAGGAGAGGAAGAAGAGGACGAUGAAGAAGGGGAAGAGGAGAAAGAAGAGGAGGAGGAAGAAGAAGAAGAGGAGGCGGAGGAAGAAUUGGGUGACGACGACGACGAUGAUGAUGACACGGACGAAAAGAUGGAGAGGAUGACUUUUCGGAAACGAAGUGUGCUGGCGCGGGUGGGGGAGAAAAAGUCGAUGAUGAUUCGAAAGACGAGAGCAAAGACUGCUUCAUUCGCGAUAAGUAACAGAAAAGUGUCUGCGAUGAAACCGCGGAUAACGAAAGAGCGGCAGGCGCGCAAAAAGACGAAACAAAGUUCUGAGACUGAAGAGCAAGAGGAGCAAGACGCUCGAGGCCAGGAAAAAAGCACUGGAAGGACGAAAGUCAGAGAAGAUGACGAUUCGUUGAGUGAGAUGUCGUCUGCCGCUGCGACGCCGUCAUCGUCUCCAGCAAAGCGUAACAGCUUGUCGAUUGAUACGCUAAUGAACGACGCUAACGAGGACGACGACCAUGGUGAACGAUCGGAUGUCAAGGUAACGACAGCAUCUGCAUCUGCAUCGGACGCUGGAACGGAUGGAGACGGAAUUUCAGGUCAAUACUUCCGUGGGGCACUUUGUGAAGCCACAACGGAGUCUAAGAUGAUGGAGGUUCUGAUGGAAGCGUGUAGUCGACUGCUACGAGAAGGAAAGUCUCCGAGUCGACUGUUAUCCAUCGGCUUGCUCAGUGCUGUAAAGGAGGACCCCAAGCGGUUCGAACAACCCGCGAUACUUAAAUAUCUGCUGCGGUUACUUCGAUCGAAGCACUACAUCGGAAAAAAAGAUUUGAUAGAUCUUGGAAACAAGGCUAGCACGACCACAUCACUGGGGUCUGGGCAUCUUCCUGGGUCAGCGGAAUAUCAUCAAAUAUCGCUCCCUGUGUUGGUGACGAAUCUUCUGUUCCAGAUCAUGAAGGACAAGGAUGAGUGGCCAGUCGAUAGCGUCAAAGUGUUUCUGGAUGAUUCGCUUUAUUCACGAGUCUGGGUGGACCAUGAGCUCAGCCAGCUUUUUGUUCAAAAUGUGAAGACCGUGCUAGACACAGAUGGCAGCGAUCAGGAAUUUACUCAGUCUCAGGUUCGACAACGUUUCCGGUGCGCAAGUGUGGCGCAAGAGAUGAGAAGCCUCAUUACCAAUCACAUCAAAUCGCGUCUUGUAGAGCUGAACAAGGAACGGUCCAGUAAUUCGAGUGGAUCCGCCGUGACGGGUAGCAACCAUGCCGUCCGGAAUAUGAUCCUAACACUCGCUGACUUUGCCACGAUUCCCCAAGUGCGACUACUUGGUGCUGAGAAUUUGGAAGUGUGGCUGCAGAACCCGUCCGUUAAAGGUCCAGCGAAAGAGUUGCUGAACAAGAUUGUUUCGCUCUGCAAAUCGACAAGCUCUCAAGACAUUGCUAUGGUGGACCUGCUUUUGAAGCUAAAACUAAAGCCAACCAUGUUUCAGCUGAAAGUUGAAGUCAUCACGCAUCUCGUAUGCAAUAACCCUGUUUACUUGAAGCGUGCUCUUUCGAUGUUCAUUGCCCGAGAGCGCUUUAGCAACACAUCACGAGACGUGGAUAACAUCAAAGUGCUUCAGCACAUAUUUCGUGCGUCGCGCUCGGCAUCUGCUUCUUCAAUUCUGGGUGACCCGGAUGACUCGUUUUACCGUCGCCCGAUAGAGCACCGAGGAAUUCUUGCCAGUCAGGAGCUUGCACACGUAUUUCGAGAAAUGGCGAGCGUUUCUGACGUCACUCCAGUGCUCAAGACGAUUGUACGCAAGAUUCUUAAGCAGCUAACAUUUGAACAGGUUGACAUAAAGGCGUUGUGCGUUGGAAUUCUCAAUAAUGAUCGUCACUGGGAUGCGUUGGCGGGUGAUGCGCGAAUCUUGGACUACAUGGGACUUGUCACCGGUGUCGUAUGGCUGAUACUGCUUAUGCGUGGAGCAGCUGUGAAGAGUCUUCAAAUUCAGCAGUCCAGUGCAAUCAACCGUCAGGGCACUGGAUCGGCCACUCUCGGUUCGUCAGGUCUCAAGCACGGUGGUGCUCAAGCUGCGCCUCGUCGUGCUGCUAACCCACCACUUUUGGUCUCUAGGGCAAACAGACUUGGUCCCCAAAAGGCUAAGCCGUCAUUGAGUAAGUCCUCGCUAUCCUUAAAUCACGCCACUGUUAGCGGGAGUGUGAACACAUCAGUUAGUCAAGGCCCUACCGGAAACAGCGGCAGCAGCAUUGGUGGCGGCGCACCACCCGAAGGACCGAAAACCGUGAAAAUGUCUGUAUGGGCUAAGGAGGAACUACAACAAGCACUUGCUUUUGUGCAGCGAGAGGCAAUUGUUUGUUGCCGUGACGUCUUCAAGCACUUCGGGCUUAGCGGUGACGCGCCUUUCGAGAAGAUGCUUUACGAGAGCAUUGUAAAAAAACUGCUUUUUCUUGAAAUGCCACCAGACGUGCAAGCAACAGAGCACGAUCGGACUUGUUUCCAAGCAACGCAGGAGGAUAUUCCUGUUCACCCCGACUCGUUGGAACUGCUAACGAGCCUAUUUGUAUCGUGCAAGGCCAUCGACAGUAUGGAAGCUCUUCGGACGCUGGAAACAAUCGUUUUCCGCGGCGCCGAGGCCCACAUGAACCGUGAAGCUUUGUGGCGCCACCACGAGAAUGAUUUGGGUGCAUAUGCUCAGAAUGGUGGUGUGCUUGGCAUAAAAUUGAACGAUGGUCACUUUGUCCCGCACUUGCUUCAACUGGCAAUGUGGCAAGGAGUCGACGACAAGCAGGAGCAAAAGUUCUGCCACUCAAGUCGCUUUUGGAUUUGCUGCUCUAUUUUACUGAUUGUUGGAUGCUUUAACCCCGACACUGUGGGUGCGUCUUUAUGGGAAGAUUUCCCGACUUUACGAGCGAUGAUGCAGAUGAUCAUUACUGGGCGAUAUGAGUUCCCCGCCAUAAAGUCUCCCGAUCCUCUGCUACUCGGGGAACACGGCAAUGCGUUUCCAGACCUGAUCCAAGGCAAUUUGCAGCUACGAGACUAUGAACAGCAAUUUCUGCAGCUGAAUCAAGCCGAUCCAUCAGUGAUAGAGGAUCCCGUUAUGCUGUUCGAUGCCCGCGGAAUGGCACGUCAACCGCCACCGGCAAUUUUGGAUCACUUGCGUACUCUGAAUCUCAAGUUCAAGCUUGGUAUACGUCUCCGGCAGAGCCGUAAGAAAGAUUUUCUCAUGGAGAUGGUUGCUGGAAACGGUGAAAAACAGGCAGCUCUAAACACCAACCCGACCGACACUUCAACUGACAGUGCGUCGUGGAUCGCAGACGUUGUGUGCGAGGACUUCGAUACUGUACAAUACCUUCCGCAUGGAUGCUUGUGUCAGCUUCUUCUUCUUGCAUUGCGGUUCAACAACUCCCGUGGAAGCUUGCAAGGACAUAUUCUACCAAAUUUGCCUGCGUUGACUAAGAUAAUUCCACGCUUACUGGAAAAGCUGCGCGAAUAUCUUGCCGACGAAAAUGGUAGCUCGGGGGUGGCAUUCGAUAUCAUUCUGUACUAUCUGGAAUGCUUGAAUUCGCCCGAGUUGGCUACGCGACGAGUCGCUGGUCAUAUUUUGUACUUGUUGACUGCGCCUCGCACCGUUGAUGAAUUAUUGAAAGAGACGUAUAGGGUCAAUACUACUUCUAGUGGAGAAAGUAGCUUGAGCUUUUCGUGGCUUCAAGAUUUGGCAAAGCUAUCAUGCUAUGGUAAUAUUCGUAAUCAAAUCUCUCGCUCUCUGGAAACCCUACUGGAGCUGGAGGCAUCAAUUCCGUCACUUGGCAAUUGCAUGAAAGCAUUACAUGAUUUCUCGAAGAAUUGGAGCGAUGUAACAAUUCGUGCUGGUGCGUUGGAACACGGCCAAAUGGAUGACGAUGCCAACCAUCCCCAAAAAAGCGCUAUCGAGCAUUCGAUGCUUCUAGCAGGUGCGUAUGGGCGACUUCUUGCUGGGCGUGAUCUGAUUGCGACGCUGCUGCUCAAAGACCACGAUAUAUACGUCAUCGCUGUGGAGGUAAUAUGGCGUGCAAUCGAAUCGCAGCUAGAAAUAGCCCCGCAGCUAAAGGCAACCUCAGGUAUCAGCUUUUCAGACUGCAAGGUAUUCUACGUAACCGACGGAGCAAACACCAUUCGUGAGAUCAAGCUUCCCCUCGCAAUUAUUCAUGGUGCCAUUCAAGUGCUCUGCUCACCACAUGCACACAGCAAUCUACCUACACACGAAAGCAACCGAACUGCCACCUGCUUAGCGAGGUUGACCCAGAGCUUAUUUCCAAAAGCGACGGCGAAUGCAGCUAUCUUGUCUAGCACUGGUCUUGUUGCUACGAAGGACCCACGGUUGUAUCCGGACCACUUGCUAAUCAAACUCGCAGCCGCAACCUCGUCAACAGCGUCACACCUUUGUGCUGCUGCUAUACGUGCAAUGUCAAACGAAGCGUUAUGGAGUCUUCUCGAGCAGUCAGCCCUCGCUAGCCGGUGCCUUGAGAUGGCGUUGUGCAUCAUUCUCGAGACAGCACAGAAGUCCGAGAGCAAAGCUGUUGCCAGCCUGCUCGCGGUGACCAAAGAGUCAAAUGUUUCGGCUGCAGCGGGUGUUGUACUGAUGCAAAUUAGUGUCUAUGAUGCGAUGGAUUCGCUCACACCGGCCGUUGUUGAGAGUCUGAAGGCGCUACGUACUUGGCUGCAAGUACGGUAUGAAGUUGAUGGUAGUAUGAUUGCUGACCAAGAUGAGGAGGAGGAGGCUCUCUUGUUAUCUGAAGGGUUUACCACAUUCAAGAUCAAAGCAGUAUCCGAUUCUUGUGUCACACCCAGCACGUCUCCAUUUUACACGGAACCGAUGGUUGAAAGCGUUGAUAAGCCGUCACGACAUAUUUCCGACCGUCCGCAAAGUGAUGUCACGCUAUUCGAGAAUGCCUACUUCAGCUCAGCGGAAUCUUGGCAAGCAAAGAACGAUGCGGCACCGCCUGACAACAGAUCGCCAUUGCUCAACUGUUUAGUAAAAGAGUUCAAGGGGAACUCUAGCUCGGGAUCCUUACCAGCUUCCAUCGUCCCUGCAGACUUCGUUGUAGCCGCAAGCCAAUCGGUGCGACGGUCGUGCCUGACGAGUGAGGACACGACCACGUAUUCUGCGGCUGAUAUGUGGACGUUGCUCACAUCUUUGCUGCAUUUUGCUCGCUCUUCUUGCAACUCAACAACAGCCGCUGCCCAACUUGCGAAGGCGUUGCUCCACGUUACGGAUCACUUACCAACUUGCACAAGUGCUUCGCACCGCAAGGAAUGCAUUGGAUUUGUACGUCGUGUACUCGACAAUCUUGGCGAAUAUUUUGCGGGAUCGUACUCGGCUUGUGUUAGCUUUAUUCGGCAUUUGUCGGCCAUCUCCACAGCAGAAGGUCUCUACUUACUUGAAGAUCCACCAACAGCUCAAGAUGUUUUGACAGUACUUAAGUUGGUCGUGCAGUUCAUCGAUGGAAGUCUUACGUGGUGGAAAAUUCAGGGCAAGGUGCUUCAACUGGAUGCCAUGACGCUUUACGGUUUGGUGGUGCUUGUGAAAGAAGUCGAGGUACUUGAACGCCUUCAAGUCGAUACGAGAAUUACGCCAAGGUCUUAUGCCGCGGGACUCUUGGUGCGCGUCGCGCGUGACCAGGGGGACGAUUGUACGAUACUGAACCUGUUGGACCCGAUCAUGUCAGCUGACCCUCAACUCGGAAGUAUGAGUGGCGUAGUUUCGAUACAUGUAGACGUCAAGCAAGACCUCAUCGGAGCCUUGUACUUCCAGCAUCCCCGACUGGUAGCUGAACUCAUGGGUACGCUCGAUCCAGACUGGGAGUCAUAUGUCAUCGUAGGCGUCGCAGAUACUACUUCAGACGAGCAUCGUGAGCUGGUCAUUCAGGAUCGUCGGUUAUUGUCUCAGGUGGAUGAUACCCUUCACGACCUGACAAAGGAUGGCUCUGAGGUCAUCGAGCGAUUCCGAGAGCUGACUAGGCUUCACCCGAAACUGGUAUUGUCGCGUUUUCCUCGGCUGCUCAUGCAGUACUUCGGCACUUUAUCGCUCUCACAGCUUUAUCUUAACACGACGUUUUUUCAGAACAUUCUGAGCGCCAUGCAUAUCACGUGGCCCUACGUGCGCCAUCAACAAAGCGUGAUGGAACCGUUUUGCCAGUUCCUGUUUGAGAUCCUGCGGGUCGUAGCAGACCAUCAUGCUGUUGAAUUCUACCAACUCGUGUCCCACACAUGGGAGUUUUUCUAUGAUGCGCUAGAGGCAGACUUUGAUCUUGCGACUGAUCUGAUUUUCUCGGCACCGCGUAUCGUCUUGUUGGAAAGCAUCGUGAGUAUGUUCGAUUCUCAGCCGGGAACAAAAGCGUUUGGCGAGAUUUUGGCACAACGUCAUAGUGAAGCGAGCUUGUACGCGACGCUUGACUCGAUCCGGAAGCGACGUGACAACCAUGGUUCAGGGGCGAGCCAACACCAGCAGAUUGAGCAGCUGAUAACUCAAAUUGAGAGCGAAGACUUUGUGCUUGCUUCAGGCAACAAGUCGUUGACUGAGCGUAUCGACAUGACAGUCAUCACCCAAGGACUACGGGCCAUCGAUGUUUUGUGUGCAAAGGCGGACCAGGGGGCAGCUGGAGUGGCUUUGUUGCGGCGUUGCGCAGCGCCAGUGGCGUCGCUGCUAGUGACGGAGAUGGUAACGAGAGCAAUCAUGGCAACGCUGUGCCAAACGUUGCUGAACUUGAUGAGGAACGACUCAGUCUGUAUCGACGAAAUCAUGCGCUCCUACGUAAAAUGCUUGCGCUCCGUGCGAGCAAGCUUGAAGGAAGCUGCCAUCAACGUCGUUCUCGAGUUCCUGGUCUUUGCUGACGCGCAGCAGCGGCGACAGAUUCUGCAACAACUCUUUGACGACCCAAGCGAAGUCGCCCAGAGCAAGCUCGGCAUGUAUUUGAAAAGCACUGCGUUUCGCACGUCACUUCUCGUGGCAUCGAAGGUGUCAACAUAA